AUGCUUCUCCUCAUGUUGGUCUUUAUGCUUCGGCUCUGCUCGGAUAAUGUUGAAGGAGGUGUAAUAGAGUCAGCAUGGACGUGUCAACUGAGAAAUUACUGUCUCAGGCUCAGUGAAGGUGUCGUGACGGCGGAGGCUGGACUCUGUGCGGUCCUUCCCUGUGCUUUCUAUACCCCUUUAAACCCCUCGAGUCUGGUCUGGUUCAAAUGUCAAGGCUCCAAAUGUUCUGACAAAAUAUUCCACUCCAGAAACUCAGAGAAGGUUCAGUCCAGUUUCUCAGGACGAGUGUCGCUGCUGGAUCCAGAUCUGAGCCACAGAAACUGCAGCAUCGUCAUCAACGACCUGCGUCUCUCAGACUCAGGAUCCUAUCAGCUCCGAGUCAAUAGUGACAGAGAUGGAUUCACAUUCAGCCGUAAAACAGAGCUCUCUGUAACACCUCUCCAGCAGAGGCCCUCCCUGCAGGCCCCUCCUCUCUCAGACGGACACUUGGCCUCGGUCUCCUGCUCGGCUCCUGGACUCUGCUCUGGAUCUGAGCCCAUCAUCACAUGGAGCUGGAGAGGAGCAGGAGGGAAGGACCCGCCCCCCGUCACCACGACAACCACACAGGCUGUCAAUCACAGCUCCAUUCUGCAGCUGACUCCUUCAGCGGAGCUUCACGGAGCAGAACUCACGUGUUCAGUCGCUUUUCAGACCAAUCAGACGACACACGACACGCUGACUCUCAACAUUUGA